GGUUAUGCCCCUCUCUCUCCAAGAGAUGGGAUCAAAAUAUGUCAUAAGGGAACUUCCACCUGCCCUUUUCAGUAUAAGUAUGCCGUCACUCAAGUGUUUCUCUCAACCAAAAUUCAAACCUCAGUCCUCUGUUUCUCACUGUAGCUUUGAGAUUUCUCUUUUCUUUCCGGAAUAUAACUCGAGGAAAGAUGGGUAUGAAGAAGGGUGAGUUUGCAACAGUAAAGAAGCAAAUUGUGAAUUGGUUUAGUACUGCACAAGCAGCUCCUGAUGUUCCAAAGGGUCACUUUGCAGUUUAUGUAGGUGAGAAUAGAAGGCGUUUUGUCAUACCGACCUCGUACUUAAAAACUUCACUCUUUCAAAGCUUGCUUCAAAGAGCAGAGGAGGAAUUUGGCUUUGAACAUGAUAUGGGCAUCACUAUACCAUGCAAAGAGGAGCACUUCUUGGCCCUAAUCUCUUCCUUGAGAUGCUAAGCUAGGUUGAGGGAGUUUUUAGCCCUCUAAGAGAGAGUACGUGUCACUGACAGAGCGAGAGACGUGUUAUCAGCCAUGAGCAUGUUAGAGAAACAUGCUUGCUCUGCAAUGCGCUACCCCAAGUUUUAGAUCAGUCAGGCUAGACAGUACUAAGAGCAUCUGAGACUCCUCGCCAUUAGAGAGAGUAAAAAGAGGGCCCCACUGAUGCAUUCGCCUAAAGGAUUUAUCAAAAGAACACUAUUAUUAGUAUGAGCAGUGCACAUGCUAGAAGAGUGCUUUGCACUUAAGCAAGCACACAACCCAUGGGGUUCAUUUGUAGUUGGAAGAUGCCUUGUGGUAAAUAAAUUGGAUGGAGCUCAUGUAAAUAGAAGAAUGCACAAAAUCAUGUUCUAGCUUCUCCAUGUGUGAAUAGCCAUGGAGCACCACAAGGAAACAUAGUCCAUUUCAAUGUAUUUCCUAUCCUGCAUAUAAAUGUCUGGUUUAUUAGUAUGUUUCCUCUGACUUUUGAAUCUGUUUGUUCAUUUCCUCUUGAAUAUAAGUGCUA